AUGAACCCAUCAACGUUUUCCGGAAAUUUCUUGUUCAGCAAUCCGACAAGAGCCAAAAGCAAAGGGAAUGUUUGUCAUUUUAUCGACAUAUUCGAUUUUAUCUUUGUUGCACAUCCUGAUUCCGGACGUACUGAAGGCAGAGAAAGUGAACGAAUUUUUUAUUUCAACAGUCCUCAAAAUGAAUCAGUGGAAAAGCAGACGCAGAUAACAGGUUUCGCGGAAGCGGUUGUUAAUUUUACUGAAAAUUUCACCGAAAAAAAGGAUGAAUCAGAAUUUCAAUAUCGUUAUGUGAAUACUUCCAAACAAUUGCAUGUGUAUAUUCAAGUAGAAUCUGGAAAGUUUAUUGUGGGAGCCGGUAUAAACAAAGAACUUAGCAUCAAUGAGGAUUACAUUAUACGGGGAUCAGCUAUCAAAGCAGUUCUAAUAACGGCUUACAAAAUGUUUCGUCUAUUUUUUGGUCCUUUCACUCGACUUGCAGGAGGUAAUUAUGCGCAUUUGAAGGAUCAUUUGGAGUAUUUCUUCUCACGUUAUCUUCCACAACUUCGUCUCCAUCGCAUGCCUUUACUGGACGUGUUUUGUGGUGUUAAUUAUUUAUCUUUAGACGGCAUAAAUUAUUUACGGAUUGAAAACCUUUUGGAUGAUUUAGUGGAAACUUUUCCUCAAAUUUCGAAAACUAUAUUCUUUUAUCAGGAGCGCCUAAUAACCUACAGUGUUUCCAAAACCGAUUUACCUAUACUUUAUCGAUAUUUCACGCAGCAUCUUCUUAGCAGAUCAUUGAAGGAAGAAUUGCAACCUGAAAAAUGUAGCAGGACGGACUCAGUCCAUCGAGGGAAAUUUCUGACAGGUUUAGCGAUGCCGGCCAAAAAUCCUUCAAUCAACGACAAAUAUGAUGCGAAGUUACCGGUUGUUUAUUUAUGUGAUGAUAAUAACGAACGGAGGCUUGUACCUUAUGAAAUGAUCGUUUAUCGUGCUUUGAACGCUACAGUUUGUAUGUUCAGUCAAAUAAGCAUUGAUGCCCAAUUUCUGCAGCGAUUAGAUGAAUAUCUUGGACCGGAAUUAACUGCCUUAGCAUCUCUCGUGGCUGAAUCAUAUGGUACUUUGAACGAUAUAUCAAGGAAGGAAAACGAGUUUCAUUUCGUGUAUUUCAAUCCGGAAAGUAUGAGUCUUAAGACAAGUCUUGCGGAAAAUAUUGAUUCCAGCCGCAGCUCAAAUUUACCCCCUGUUCCAUCUUCAGUGUACAAGUCGGUUUGUGAUAUAUUUGAUGAAUUCUUAGAAGGCAAUGAUUUUGGCGAAACAUCAACUAAAUUAGAUACCGAUUGGUGGCUUGUUAUCAAGAAAGUAAAUAAACGAUUUUUACUGCUCAUGUUACGAAAUGCUACACUUACUGCACCGGCUGAAGUGCAACAGUAUGUUAAUGAUAUUAUCAAAAUCAACUUCGACGCUGUAUUUUUGUUUUGA